CUCCUGCUACGAUGCGGCUCGUGCUGCUACUUAUGACGGCCGCUGCAGCUGCUGUGUAUGGUUCCACCGCUGUCCGAAAACUUGGCGAUAUGCCGGAAAAUCUAUAUGCCAAGGAACAAAAGGCAUUUAAGCACUGGUCGGCACAUUUAAGUGGAUAUACAGGUUUCAGCACGGCCUCCAGUUCAUCAAAAGAAAACACUGCCUCGUGGGUCUGCACCGUCGCCCCAAAAAACAGGAAUGGCGUGUUGCGGCUUGCCUUUUAUAGGCCGGAUGUCGUAUGCCUGCGGAUUUUUACGUCCUUGCGCAUCCGUUCAUCACGGCCUUGACGUUUCCCCACUUUGAGGUGCCAUCGGGACACAACCCUGCGCCUGCGUGGCUGCAGUUGCCACCAUGGUGCCUCGCUCGGUACCGCUAGAUGGCGCUGCAGUACCUUUAUAAAUUCUUGGCGCCUUCCGUAGCGCUGCCACCUUUUAUUCU